AUGUCGCAAAAAGUAGAUAGGGUUCCGGAACAUAUUGAUUUCCCAAAAGAAGAAGAGAAAAUCUUAGCAUUUUGGGAAAAUAUUGACGCGUUUCAAAGCUGUCUCAAGCAAUCGAAGAACAAGCCGAAAUAUUCUUUCUAUGAUGGACCACCGUUUGCAACGGGACUACCACAUUAUGGACACAUUCUCGCAGGAACCAUCAAAGAUGUUGUCACACGAUAUGCCCAUCAAAAGGGUUACCAUGUGGAAAGAAGGUUUGGUUGGGAUUGCCAUGGUUUGCCUGUUGAAUUUGAAAUUGACAAGACUUUAGGGAUAAAAGGACCAGAGGAUGUUGAAAAAAUGGGCAUUGAUAAAUAUAAUGCUGAGUGCCGCAAAAUUGUGAUGAAAUAUGCUAAAGAAUGGGAAACAAUAAUAACCAGAGUUGGAAGGUGGAUAGAUUUUAAAAAUGAUUAUAAAACAUUGUAUCCCUCAUUUAUGGAAUCUGUUUGGUGGGUAUUCAAAGAACUUUAUAAUAAAGGUCUGGUCUACCAAGGAGUAAAAGUUAUGCCCUACUCAACUGCUUGCUCAACACCAUUAUCAAAUUUUGAAGCAGGACAAAAUUAUAAGGAUGUUGUAGAUCCUGCAGUUGUCAUUUCAUUUCCCACUAAACAAGGAUUUUCUCUGCUAGCUUGGACUACAACUCCUUGGACCCUUCCUAGCAAUUUAUCACUUUGUGUAAAUCCAAAGCUCAUUUAUGUAAAAGUUAAAGAAAAAGCAACAGGGGCAUGCUAUGUUUUACAAGAAACUAGGUUUCCAUUUAUCUUUAAAAAUGUUGAAGAUUUUGAAAUCCUUGAAAAGUUUUUAGGUGAAACCUUGAAAGGUUUGAAAUAUACACCUCUUUUUGAUUAUUUUGUAGAGCAAUGUCCUAAUGGGUUCCAGGUUCUUACUGAUGGAUAUGUAACUGAUGAUUCAGGUACUGGUAUAGUACACCAGGCACCAUAUUUUGGUGAAGACGAUUUCAGAGUUAAUUUAGCCAAUGGGAUUGUAACUAGAGAUCAAGAGAUUAUUUGUCCUGUUGAUGCUAGUGGAAGAUUUGUUGAACCAGUAAAAGAUUUUCUUGGACAGCAUGUUAAAGAAGCUGAUAAAAAUAUAAUAGCUUACCUUAAAGCUUCUAAUAGACUAAUCCAAGCUGGGCAGACUAAACAUAGUUACCCAUAUUGUUGGCGUUCUGAAACACCUCUUAUUUAUAGAGCUGUGCCAUCUUGGUUUGUUAGAGUGGAACAGAUGAGUCAAGAUCUUCUAAAGUCCAGUGAAGCUACUUACUGGGUUCCAGAAUAUGUGAAAGAAAAAAGGUUUGGUAAUUGGUUAAAGGAAGCCAGAGAUUGGGCUAUUAGUCGGAACAGAUAUUGGGGGACUCCAAUUCCACUAUGGAUCUCUAGUGACAAGCAAGAAGUUAUAUGUGUAGGCAGUAUUGAAGAGCUUCAAGCACUGACUGGCAAAGAAAUAACAGAUUUACAUAGGGAAAGCAUUGAUCACUUAGAAAUUCCAUCAGCAAGACCUGGACAACCACCUCUAAAAAGAGUCCCUGAAGUGUUUGAUUGUUGGUUUGAGUCAGGUUCUAUGCCAUAUGCUCAAAAUCAUUACCCAUUUGAGAAUAAAAAAGAGUUUGAUGAAAUAUUCCCAGCUAACUUUGUUGCUGAAGGCAUUGAUCAGACCAGAGGUUGGUUUUAUACCUUAAUUGUUUUGUCAACAGCAUUAUUUAACAAACCUCCUUUCAAAAAUUUGAUAGCAAAUGGAUUAAUUUUGGCUGCUGAUGGGCAAAAAAUGUCAAAGAGAAAGAAAAACUAUCCAGAUCCAUUGGACGUUGUUGGUAAAUAUGGAGCUGAUGCUUUAAGACUUUAUCUUGUCAACUCACCUGUGGUUAAAGCUGAAAAUCUUCGAUUUAAGGAAGAAGGUGUACGAGAUGUGAUCAAGGAUGUCUUCUUGCCCUGGUACAAUGCUUUCAGAUUUUUAAUGCAAAAUGUAGAACGAAUAGUACAAGAAGAUAAAAUUGAUUAUGUAUACAAUGAAAAAGUAAUUAGAGAAAAUGUUAUGGAUAAGUGGAUUACCUCUUUUAUGCAAUCAUUGAUAAGUUUUGUCAUGCAGGAAAUGGCAGCUUACAGGCUGUACACAGUGGUGCCUAGGUUAACGAAGUUUAUAGAUCACCUUACAAACUGGUAUGUGAGGAUGAAUAGAAAGAGGCUAAAGGGUGAAAAUGGUAUAAACGAUUGUCAAGUUGCCCUGCACACAUUAUAUGGUGUACUAUUUGACAUGAUCCGAGUAAUGGCACCAUUCACUCCAUUUUUGACUGAACUAAUGUACAAAACAUUGCGACAACUUUUGCCGGGAAGUUCGCUAGAAAGUGUUCAUUUUAAUAUGUUACCAGAACCAAAAUUAGACUUGGUUGAUACGAAUAUCGAAAGAGCCGUGCAAAGAAUGCAAUCUGUCAUUGAAUUAGGCAGAGUCUUAAGAGAUAGGAAAACUAUUCCUAUCAAGUAUCCCCUCCCGGUGAUGAUAGUUAUACAUCAGGAUCAAACUUACUUGGAUGAUAUUAACUCUUUAGUAACGUAUGUCCUUGAGGAAAUGAAUGUAAAGAAGGUGGAGCUAACAAGUGAUAAAGAGAAAUAUGGCAUAACGUUGAGAGUAGAGCCGGAUCACAAAAUUUUGGGUGCUCGUUUAAAAGGCGACUUUAAAGCCGUUACGCAAGCGCUAAAAGAUCUCAAUAAUGAGCAGUGUGAGAAACUCAUUGCCGACGGGUAUGUCGAACUUGUGGGUCAGCGUAUUGAUGUAUCAGAAGUUAGAGUUAUAUUCCAAGCUACAGGUAAUGAUCAAUAUGAAGCCCACAGCGAUAAUGAUGUUAUGAUUUUACUAAAUGUUACACCAGAUCAAGAUAUGCUUGAUGAAGGAUUUGCAAGGGAAAUUAUUAAUAGAGUUCAGAAACUACGAAAAAAAGCCCGCUUGGUGCCGACAGAUGAAGUUGACGUCUAUUUCUCUGUAACCAAAACGAGCGACAUUCUACGUAUUAUUCAAUCUCACCGUGAGUUAAUCGAGAAUACAGUUAAGGCACCACUGAAGGGUCUUGAGGAACUUUCAGCAUCUAAACCAGUAAUUAUUGAAGAUACUCAAGAAUUGAAAGGAUCACAGUUGAAAUUGGUAAUCACUUGGCGUAAAGAAGUAGAGGUUCCGGCUCUUCCUUGGGCGAAUAUAAUUUUGCAAGGAUUAACACCACGAUUCGGAGUUGAAACAGAUAAAGGAAGCGUUAUCCUUAAAGGAAAAGAUGAUAAAUUUAUACAUUUAGAUUGUUUACGCAAGGAAGUGGAAAUUUUAUUUGGUUUAUAUGGAAUGAAAUAUACAUUGUGGUGCGACGGAGCAAUUGUUACAAAUACGAAUAAUUUAACCGCAAAAACUAUUAUUGUUUCUCCAACAAAACCAACAGAUGUUAGCUCGCAAAGUAGUCCAUUUUGCAAGUUUAUUAACGUUGCAAAUGGUAAAGAGACAAUCACUCUUUUUGUAGAAAACCCGAAAGGAAAAGCGACGCUUAAUAAUAAACAAGCUGUUAACGUUAUUUCAGCAUAUUUUGGAAUUAAAGCUACUGAAAUUGAUCUAAAAAUGUCUAAA